AUGGAACCUCAAUCAAGGCAAGACGCCCAAGAGAGGCUUAAAUCGAUUCAACGACUGAUGAAAGAAACCUGUGCUCAAUUCGAGAAGAUCACCAAAAGGAGGCUUGAGUCCAGGAGAUUCGAAGACGUUAAAAGUUUUGAAGAUCUUAUGAAGAAAAUCUCAUUCGGCGAGAAAGGAGACGAUGAUGAGUCCAGAGAAACAAGACAAAAGUUCCUUACGAUUGUGUCUACUAUCCAGACACUAACUGGACCUGUAAAGUCUGCUACCGAUAUAGCAUUCUCGCCUGCAAGCGCUUGUGCUAGUGCUUUGUCAUUUAUCCUGGAAAUUCCAUCGAAGGUGCAUGGCAUCCAUGAGUCAAUCCGGGCUGUAAUUGAUGAAGUUGAGCCACGGUUCACUGAAUUAGGGGUAUAUGAUGGCAUGAGCACAGUCAUUGAUCCGGUUCUGAUAAUCUCAGUCUGCAAUGUCAUGAUGGCCUUCAUAAUUCUCUGUGCUCAGUGUGUGAAGCUCCUUGAGAAGGGCAAGGCUUACCGAUACUUCAAAGAAGGGAAGUGGAUUAUGUCGAAUCAGAAUCCCAUCCGAGAAGGUCUGGAUAAGCUGAAGGCCCUUUCCGAGCAGAAAGAACAAGUUCAAUCGAUGAUCAUGUUGAAAAAAAUCCUGAAUUCGGGCGACAAGAUCGACAUCGUGGAUGGUAAAAUCGAUGGGAUUUCCGAGUACAUCAGCAAGCGCUCUGAUGAAGUUGCCCGCCAGGAUGAUCUGAGUAGAAUCAAGAAAGAUCUGCGUGUAACUUCGAAGGACGGGGUAUUGAUGGGUCAUCGUGUCUAUACGGAGACCCUUCGCAUGGCGAAAGACAAAACAUGCCAGUUCCUCGAGUCGAAGUCUUAUAUGGAUUGGGCGCUCAACAAGGAUGAAGGUGUACCACCAUUGCUUUUGAUCACUGGGGAAGCAGGAACAGGAAAGAGCGUCUGUGCAGCCUCAAUGUUUCUGAAUAUCAAGAAGAAGGAAGCGUUCGCCGCCUAUUAUUCCUUUUCUCCGAUGCCAAAAAGUCCUAAAGACCACCAGCAACCGCUGGAGGACUGUAUCAGAGCUACGGGACUACAAUUGGCAGAGCAGAAUUCAGACUACCGGCGACGCUUGCUGCACUUUCUGAAAGCUGAGGAAGGGAGGGCACAGGAGACUGGUUAUAAGAGCCUCCUGGACACUCUGAAUGUUUGGCAGGCUCCAGAUAAGAUGAUUUGUUACCUUAUUCUGGAUGGCCUCGAUAACCUGCCAGAGCAGGAGUGUAAGGAUUUCAUGGAUCAUCUCAUCACCAACCAAAUCCCCUCCAAAAGGAACUCCUUGCGUGUCUGCGUCACAGGGUCAAGGAAAGUAUUGCGCGCGUACUCAAAGCGGAGAGAUUGUCUGCAAUCUGAGGAGAUCGGAUGCUACACUAAAAGAGUAAUCGCUGACUACACUGGAAAGUUCUUGGAAAAGAAAGAUUUGUUGCAGGAAGACUUUCUGGACUUUGCUGACCUCAGAGAGUCAAUAUGCGAGACAGUGACAACCAACGCUCGCGGUAGCUUCCAUAAAGUGCAGAAAUGGCUUGACAGGAUUGAGAAUCUGAUUCAAUCGGAUAACAGAGAUGAACUCAGUCGCUUUCUCAGUGCGCUGAGCCGGGGAGGUUCAGAUCUUGCCAAAUCUGAGCUACAAGAUCUUGAAAGAACACUCGACUGGAAGGAGAUCGCGGAACUGAAUGAGCUAAUUAUCUGGUGCGAAUUCAACAUGUCCAAGGAUGUCAUCCUCGAUAUUGACCAGCUUGAAGCCUUUCUGUUCAUUCGCUCUAAUUCACCGCCGUUAAGCUCUCUGCGAAAGAAAAUACGGGAUAGGUUUUCUUCGAUCUUGGAGGAGAGAGAUGAUGGAGUUCGACUUCGCAAAGAGAUGAAGCAUUUGGUAAUUCUGGAUCAAAACAAGGACCAACAUUCAGCCAUUUCGGCCACUAUAUCCGUCCAAAACACAAGUAUCGAAGUAGCCCAACGGUUCUUCUGGGAUCUAGCCAAUCAUUCGGUGAUGAAUCGGUUCAACUUUGAUGCAAACCAGAUGGACAUGGCGAAGCCCUCAACUCACCGCAUUCGAGUCACGAAGUUGAACGCGCACUUGGUCAUCGUGAAACGGACCUUCGAGUUUCUAAGAAAAGCGCCUGAUCCUCUAUCACGGCCGGUUGGGGAAAUACUACUGGGAGAACUUCCGGCUCAUCUAGCAGUCCUGCAGGAACCCUCUCAGCUUGAACAACUCACGGAUACCGAUCGACGAACCAUAGGUGAGAAUGUCCAAGAAUUAUUUCUAAGCCCAAUGAGCCUUGAAAGACAUUGGGAUGUUCUGCAACAGACGAGAUGGCAUACAUCCUCAGAUGCCAUAGAUGCAUUCUGGCAAUGGCUGUCGGACGAUGCUGCAAUCAAACAUCCGAUCAUUCGGGACAAGAUCAGAGAGGUCUGGAAUGACCCGAAACGAAACCAGAAGCUCUUUGAGCCACUAGCGAGGUUGGCUGGUCACAAAUGGCUCCAGGACCGGUUGCCCAGUUCCACCACAGCGUCUUUUGAAUGGCUCAAGGCUUUUCUCAAUAUGGAUGCAGGAUUCGAUUAUGCCAGCCAAAAUUCGGACUUUAGCUCCGAAGAGGAUGAUGACCAUAGUUUCGAGUCUAAUGAUAGCAUCAAAGUUGAUGACGUUACAAAGGCUGAGAAAUGGUGCGAGAAGGUACUGGGACCAAGCCGCAUGCGCGAACAAGAUGUUUGGGUACAACGGCUAGCCGAAACAUAUGAGUAUGCCAAUAGUUACAAGAAAGCUUUCAAGAAAUAUCAGAAGGCCCGUAAGCUACUGGAGCGGAUGGGGGGCAUUGACCAGGAACGACAAGGAAAAGUCUUGGUCCGUCUAGCAUCACUGGCUGGGGACAAGGACCAAGCUUUGCAAUACCUCAAGCAAGCCCUGGGUUUGAGCGCCAGCAAUAUCAACGCCAGAUAUGCGCUAAUCAAGAGUUUGUGGUCUCGCGACUGCAGAGAGGAGCUGAGCGACCUGGUUCUCGACACACUGAAGCUCAGAACGGCUUCGGGGCCCAUGGGGCAUCUGGGUUUGGUAAUUCAGAUGGCCAUCGAAGAUAGUGAUUACGACGACACUCAGAUGAUGAACCUGCCUUACACUAUUAGCUCUAUAUGCUCCUCCUCUGCCGAUGACUUCGCUUUCUUACUGGGAAACAUACAGACAGCAAUCGAGAAUGCCAAGGCACAGAACCGGGUCAAAACAUGGAUCACCUUACUUUUGCAUAAAGGGAUAGCAUAUGCAUGCUAUUCGGAUGACCCUUCUCAUGCUGAUCAGGCGGUCAAAGCGUGGACAGAAUGCGCUGAAAUCAUCAUGGAGAAACUCAAAUACCAGUCUGCUGGUGCCAUUCUACUGGACAGAGUUGGGCGGCAGUUGGGCUGUUAUUACUUCACACAGACAUUGAAAUACCCUGAUAACGCUGAGAUAUGCUCUCAAAAGUUGAAGGGAGUAUACCAGAACCAAAGGGGUAUAGUUCAUGGCAUGUCUGCUGCGAAGACAUACAUGGCGGCAGACUUCAUACGGCAUGGAAAACAACCAGAAGCCGAAGCGCUCUUCCAGGCAAACAUCAGAGAGGCAUUUGACUUACUAUCUGAUGACACGACUGGUAAUUAUGUGGGCGGUCUUAUCCGUCUGGUUCAAAUCUUCCUUUAUACCGGUGAUCGAGUCAAUUUUCUUAAUGCCUAUUCACUUAUAGCUCGUCGAGUCCUGGAUGUCGAGAUUUUGGAAGAGUGGCUACGGUCUGAUGUAAAAACCACGACACCGGAAGCUACCGAGCUUAUGGAUUUCUUCCAAGAAAACUGCAACAAACCGAUCAGCGUUUGGUACAAACUUGCAGCACUUGUGCAAUUCAUGCGGCGAAGCCGAAACAAGUUGAUGAACGAGACCCCCUGGAGUGAUGAUGACGCAGCCAAAAUGAAGUCUUAUGAGGCACUCUUUGAAUCGAUGACACGAUAUGCUAAAGCAUUCAGUGAUGCUAGAUAUGAUUAUUUGUGUGAUGCGUGUGAGUGCGUCCUAGACACUAACAAAAGCAUGUAUGCCUGCAAGUUCUGCUAUGAUUUUGCCCUAUGUGAGUCGUGUUUCCAUCGCUUCCAACACGGGGCGCUCAAAAUGUCUCUCUGCCACAUUGAGCAUGAUUAUGUGCGGAUUCCACCCUGGGAUGCGAAGGCCCAUGUUCGCGCAUUCCGGCGCAGAGUUCUUAUGGAUGCUACUGUUGCAGAUGAUGGGUAUCUGGUUGGGGGUCGAGAAGUCCCGGUUGUGGAGUGGUUGAAUUGCUUGAAAGCGAAAUGGGAUCCCCAGGGUGAUUGGGAUUUCCGGUAA